CUUCCCCACACGGCACCUAGCCCUACAAAGUCGAGGGCUCUACACUUCCGAAGUACCAAAGACCUGACACCGCUAAGGAUUGCAAUAAACAUAAACGCAACUGGGUAACUUCCCUUCAACGCGCGCUCGGUCCCACCGACAUCGGAGAUCGGCCAUGGCCGCUUCCUCCGCUGGCAAUCCAUCGCCAGCUAACGUUUCAUCCUCUCUUCCUAGACGUUUCGAAUUCUCUUCCGAUUCUCCUCCGAAACUCUCUCUAUCUACUGAUCAGCACAAGUAUUGCUCACGGGCUCUUCAAUUCUUCAAAGAGAAGCUUCAAACUCCCGAUAGAAUCACUCAAGAGUUCGCUCAUUUACAGACAACUAGGACAACACCAUCUCAGAUGGCUAGAAGCUGCAAGGUGGCUCUUGACAAUGUCAACGUAAGCAAAAAUCGCUAUAUGGAUGUAUUACCUUUUGACCAAAACAGGGUUGUUCUUAAUCCUUGCAAGGAUUAUAGAGCAUCUGCUCAGGGAUAUAUCAAUGCAAGCUUAAUCACGACUUCUUCAUCUGAAAAUAUUUCUCGGUUUAUAGCCACACAGGGUCCGCUACCACACACCUUUGAGGAUUUUUGGGAGAUGAUAAUACAACACCAUUGCCCUGUGAUUGUGAUGCUUACUCGUUUGGUUGACAAUUACAAGAUUGUAAAAUGUGGAGAUUACUUUCAAUCAGAAGAUGGUCCUAGAGAUUUUGGAAAUAUAUCUCUGGUUAGCAAAUGGGUGAGAACUACUGACACUUCAUUGGUGUUGCGCAACUUGGAGGUGGGUUACAAAGAGUCCGAGGAGCUACCCAUGUCUGUUUUGCAUAUUCAGUACCCUGAAUGGCCUGAUCAUGGAGUUCCAAAAGACACAGUUGCGGUGCGUGAAAUCUUGAAAAGAGUUUUCCAAGUACCACCGAAUCUUGGCCCAGUAGUAGUCCACUGCAGUGCAGGUAUAGGUAGAACUGGAACAUACUGCACAAUUCACAAUACAAUCCAGAGAAUCCUUGUUGGAGACAUGUCUGCUUUAGAUAUUGCUAAUACCGUAGCCACAUUUAGGUCCCAACGAGUGGGGAUGGUUCAAACCAUGGAUCAAUAUUUUUUCUGCUAUAAAGCUAUCAUCGAUGAAUUGGAAGACCUCAUCUCAGGUUGCAACAGUUGAAGGACCUCAAAAAUGGUAUAUACUCGUUUCUUCUUGUCAAACGGCACCCGUCAGUUGGAAUGUUGAAAUAUUAUAGCUUUCAUUUGUUUUAACACAUUCUUGGGGUUAUAGUACUUUGUGGAGUCGCUAUUGGUUCUGCUUCUGCUGAAUUAAAUGGAAAGAACUAUAACUGCUUGUUUACUUCUCAGAAGCCGGAGAAACUGCAAUUCGACAGUGUGUCAAUGUAUUUGUUUCACUCCAGGAGUGGCUUAAUGCAAUUUGAUUGUUCUUGACCAAUUCUGUAUAAAUGUGACACUGCUGGAAGCUGUGUAGUUUAACUGGCGAUCUUUUAACAUUUGAGUAAGUGGUGCACAUUCUCUCUAAAAGAACAGGAUUAUUGUCGCUGCGAGAUUGCUUGCUCAUUUCCAAUAUCACUUGCUAAAUUUUUUGAAAUUUCGCAAUUGUCCUAAUAUUUGAUAUUUUUGUUGUUGGAAUCAGCCAUGGUCAAGAAUCAAUAAUCAAAAAUAUGUUUCUUCUAACAGUGGGAUUUUUUGGCUCAGCUUGCGUUUUGGGAAUUUAUGGUUAUAUAAAAUAGAGCUACUUAGCCUAUUUAAUGUCCUAGAUUUGGCUGCCUUUGCCCUGUUAAGGGAUUAUUAUUACGGGUGUGUUUGGCAGUGGUGUUUAGGAUAGUGUUUAGUGUUUUGAACUAAUAAAAAUACCAUUUCUUUAAA